AUGUAUUCCAACCUUCUUGGAGGAAAAAAAGAUAACCGAAAUCGUCCAAAACAAGUUCGAUUUGGCACAGGACAAGCUUUCGAUGGAAAUGUAAGUAUAUUCAGGCAAAUCGACGUUUCGAAGAGCCCAACACUUUCGGGGGUAAGCCUUCAGUAA